CCACUCUAUCCCCAAACCAACUUAUCCUCAGCAUCCGUACUCCCGUAAAUACAACCCAAUCAACAUCCACCCCUUUCUUUUCAUUUUUCUUAUAUCCGAAUAAGUAUUUAUCUUCGAAGUUCCAAAAUUGAGUUUGUCCAAGGAAACACCACUUCAUUCUCGCCCCUGCAAAUCUUAUUAUUGCUCAAGCUAAGAAAUUCUUUAUCCAGGGUUAGGGCUUAUAUAAUUAAAGAACAGAUAAUAAAGGCCAAUUUUGUGUUACCAGUAGUGACUACACGCAUCGCAUGGCUCUUCAAUGAAACACCUCAUAAUCGUUACUUCGGGACUUCCAUUUUCGGUACAGUUGGAACCCUGCGGCCUUUCUUUGUUUAUAUAUGGCGGCUGCGAAUCCACGGCCACUUCAGGUUCGUCCGUUUGAGGAGCACGAGCGAGGGACGAUGCAGAUCGACGACGACGAUGGAGACUAUGAAGAUGACGCCAUGGAUGACGUGGAGGACGCGAAUAUCAACUCCGUCAAUGUGGCGGAGCAUGGAAUGGGACUAAUAGGCCGAGUUAUUGGUGGCGGUGGCGCAGCUGGUGGAGGCGUUGUUAGGGCGUUGAGAACUAGCGAGCUUACUCUCUCCUUUGAAGGAGAAGUUUACGUGUUCCCUGCUGUUACAUCUGAAAAGGUGCAAGCUGUGCUGUUACUCCUGGGGGGUCGUCAUAUCCCCACUGGUGUUCCUUCAAUUGAAGUACCGUUUGAUCAAAAUAACAUGGGUGUAGCUGAUGUCUCAAAGCGCUCAAAGCUUUCAAGACGAAUAGCAUCCUUGGUUAGGUUCCGUGAGAAAAGAAAAGAGAGAUGUUUUGAAAAGAAAAUUAGGUAUACGGUACGGAAGGAGGCUGCACAAAGAAUGCAUCGCAAAAAUGGGCAGUUUGCAUCUGUAAAGGAAAGUAAUAGUCCUUCAAGCUGGGAUUCUUCUCAUAUUGGCUUUCAAGAUGGUACUCGUCCAGAAACCGCUAUCCGGAGCUGUCAACAUUGUGGUGUUAGUGAAAAUAAUACUCCAGCAAUGCGUCGUGGCCCAGCUGGUCCAAGGACUUUGUGUAAUGCUUGCGGGCUUAUGUGGGCAAAUAAGGGAACACUUAGAGAUCUUAGUAAAGGAGGAAGGAAUAUUUCCCUGGAGCAAAGUGAGCCUGAAACACCGAUUGAGGUCAAGCCUUCAAUUGUAGAAGGGGACUUGUCCGCUAACCGGGAUGAAAAUGGAAAUCCUUCAAAGGAUUUAACCAACAGAUCUAAUAAUGCUUCUGUCAACCCAGAUGAAGAAGAUUUGCAUGAAAGUGCAGAAGAUCUUACGAACUCUUUGUCUAUGGGGAUUGUUCAUUCUGCUGAAGAUGAUAAGCAGGAACCUCCUGUUGAGCUUACAAAUCCUUCAGAUACUGAAAUCGACAUUCCUCCUAGUUUUGAUUAGGAAGUUGCAGUUGGCUUUGCUCAAGUAGUUUAAAGAGAUGUGGAGCAUUAGACUCCCUUUACCGGGUCAGUUUCGCUCAUGUCAUCGAACUGCAUACAGGUAAAAGUUUAUGAUGUUUAUAUGCAGAUUGUGAGCUACCAUAGUCAGGAAACCAAAUUGACAUUAAAAUCCUAAGUACAGUAAUCAGCUGUUAACUGACUAGCCACUGCUUUCAGGAUGACAUUAGAAACUGGGAAUGACCUGUUGAUUUUAAGUUUCCUGCUUGAAAUGCCUUUUACCUGUUUUUGCUUUUUAGGAAUAGUUAAUUUGGUAGGAAUAUUAUUUUUUUCAUGCAUGUUUUAGUACAUGGGUUAGCAAUAAACUCAAUUGAUAAUAUUUAACCAUUCCCCAUGACUUAUUUUUUAGUAAAAGGAAGGAACUAUUUCUUAUAAAA